UUUAGAGCCGCGCGGCGGGCGGGAAUGUAAGAUGGCGGAGUAGCAACGGGAAGCGGCUGGUACCGAGUCUCCGGGCCCACUUCAGUUGGUGUCUUGGCAGCAGCAGUGAUCGCUGAACGGAGUGCCUAGGUAGUUGGCCAAGAUGCCGAAUAUUAAGAUCUUCAGCGGCAGCUCCCACCAGGAUUUAUCUCAGAAAAUUGCCGACCGCCUGGGCCUGGAGCUAGGCAAGGUGGUGACUAAGAAAUUCAGCAACCAGGAAACCUGUGUGGAAAUCGGUGAAAGUGUGCGUGGAGAAGAUGUCUACAUUGUCCAGAGUGGUUGUGGUGAGAUCAAUGACAAUUUAAUGGAGCUUUUGAUAAUGAUUAAUGCCUGCAAGAUUGCUUCAGCCAGCCGGGUUACUGCAGUCAUCCCAUGCUUCCCUUAUGCCCGGCAGGAUAAGAAGGAUAAGAGCCGGGCUCCAAUCUCUGCCAAGCUUGUUGCAAAUAUGCUCUCUGUAGCAGGCGCGGAUCAUAUUAUCACCAUGGACCUGCAUGCUUCUCAAAUUCAGGGCUUUUUUGAUAUCCCAGUGGACAACUUGUAUGCAGAGCCAGCUGUCCUGAAGUGGAUAAGGGAGAACAUCUCUGAGUGGAGGAACUGCACUAUUGUCUCACCUGAUGCAGGUGGAGCUAAGAGAGUAACCUCCAUUGCAGACCGGUUGAAUGUGGACUUUGCCUUGAUUCAUAAAGAACGGAAGAAGGCCAAUGAAGUAGAUCGCAUGGUUCUGGUGGGAGAUGUGAAGGAUCGAGUGGCCAUCCUGGUGGAUGACAUGGCUGACACAUGUGGCACAAUCUGCCAUGCGGCUGACAAACUUCUCUCAGCUGGAGCUACUAGAGUUUAUGCUAUCUUGACUCAUGGAAUCUUUUCUGGCCCGGCCAUUUCUCGCAUUAACAAUGCAUGCUUCGAAGCAGUAGUAGUCACCAAUACCAUACCUCAGGAGGAUAAGAUGAAGCAUUGCUCCAAGAUACAGGUGAUUGACAUCUCCAUGAUCCUUGCAGAAGCCAUCAGAAGAACUCACAAUGGGGAAUCAGUUUCCUACCUGUUCAGCCAUGUCCCUUUAUAAGAGAAUUCCUUCUGAGGCUUUUUCAAAAUAAAGUUACCCCCACCCCUUGUUCUUCCCUUGGAAUUUGAUGAAAAAUUCAGCAGAAGACCCAGCUUGCUCCAGUGUAGCUUUCUACAUCCCACAUCAGGUAUAUUAAUUAGCGUUUCUCCUAAAUGAGACAGAGACAGAUUGAGGCUCAUGCAGAGAUUCCUGCCUUCAUUGUCUCAUUCUGGCUCCCUGGGUUUUGUGAGCCUUGCAGCUUUAAACUACAGCUCAGCUGCUGCAAGAUUUUCAGACCUCAGAGGGUAUUGUGUGGGGGUGUUGAAAUGUGAUUGGGGAAGCUCAGACUACUUUGCAUGGGAAUGCUUCAGGGUUUCCUUUUUUCUGAACUACUGGCAACAAAGCCAACCCAAUCCCCCCAACCUGUGACAAGUUCUGUGAAGUUGGUGCAUAUUUACAGAGCAAGAGUUCCACCCUAGGCAGCCCGAAACCCACCUCAGGGUGCUGAGCCCCCAGCAAGCAGGAGCCUGAGGGGAGGCAGCCUGUAGAGCAGUGAACAUUUCUCUGGAGGACGAAGCCUGAUCUGCUGCCCUCUGCUUGGGGACUGUGUUGCUUGUGUUUCCCUUCACACCUGUUCCUUUGCAUUUGGUGUGACUUUCAGCCAACUUGACCUUUUUCCUGGCCAAAUACCCUCUUGGACCCAAAUGUUUAUUUUACUUGCUUCCUGCUGUGUAAUGUCUUAAAUUUUCAUGAGAUUAUUUCACUGUAGCUUAAUCUUCCUUAGCCCACUGCCACUGCAGUAAUAGAUUUUAGGUGGUGGUGUAGUGCCUUCUGGUUAAGUAUUUGAUUAUCAACUUCCUUGGAUCUAUUUGUCCUCUCAAAUGGCCUGAGAUUUAUGUAAUAAAGAUUGAUGUUAUUGUCUCUUAUUGGUGAAAUUAAUAAAGUGAUUGUGGGUCUACAUCA